UGAUGUGUCUGAGGUUGAUCUGUUGGUUCUCAUCUCCCCGCGCCCAAAAAGUCUCACUCUACCUACUGGUUCCGUGAUUAGUACUUUGUAGAUGUUUCCAGCUGUCAAUUAGUUCUUGUAUUCCCCCAAUCGCGGGGCAAAUGUCCCGUCUGGCUCUGGGCGGCCCUCCCUCGUUGUUCCUUCUUCUCCCUGAGGUCGCAUGCCGCAUUUGCUUCUCAUUCUUCCCCAGCCUGAUCGCUCGGCAUCGUGAAUUCCAGCAAUCUGGUCGUACAAGGCGUCUCGUGCCGGCCUCCCGAAGCUGCACGCAUAUUGUUCAUGGGUUUGUAGUCGCUUGUGAGUUAUGUCAUAGGCGUUCGAAUGUGGUUGACGAGGGGUUUCGGACACGGCGAAAGGCGUCGAGAAGGUCAACAAAGCAAAGAGGGCAUCCGGAAUCAGCGAUUUUAUGAGUUAUUUCGGGGUGGGCUUAGCAAUGCCGGUCCGGGGGUGAUGAACCCC